CAGGUGGCGCCGGCGUUCCUCGUGCGUCAUGUCACGGCGUCAUGUUUGGCGGCAGGAAGGGAGCUGCAGCGCCGAUUGGUCGACCCUUCGGUGCACCAGCUCCUCCUGCACCAGGCUUCAUCAGUGAGAGUGGAUUCGUCUAUCCCACCGCACUGACCGGGACCCCUAGUGCGACCCCUAGCGCGACCUCUAGCGUGACCUCUGACCUCGCACCCGGCUUUCGCUCCGACGCCGGCAUUCGCUUCCACAUCGUUUUCGUGGCGACGGGAGACCCGCGAGUGAGCCUCAAAAAUGCAGCCACCGUGCGACGACUGUUCAGAACAAGGCGUCGGCCGGUCGCAGCGCUGUCUGAGAAGUUUGGUGGGGAGCUUUGCCGUGGCGUCGCCUGA